ACCCCCUCCCCUGCUGAAUAAAUGAAGUCCCAUCCACUUCUCAAAUCUCAAAUCUUAUCUCCCAUUUCUAAUUCUCUACUUCCUUCGUCUGAGAUAAAGAUGAAUUCACUACAGCGCUUUAGCCAUCCCAAGCAUCCACUACUACUCAAAAAAGAUGAUCUUCUUGGGGUGGAUGCUAAAUGCUAUGUCUGUAACAAAACAGUAAUAGGCUCUCCUACAUAUACAUGUACUAGUCACGAUAUCGAGUGUCAAGGUUUAUACCUACACAAGAGUUGUGCAGAAUUCCCCCAACGGAUCAAUCACGAAAAUCACAACCAACACCCUCUUACUCUCCGACCACCACUCUCUAGAUGGCUGUGCGAUGUUUGUUUAGGUCAGGGGAAUUUUGUUUAUUAUUGUGAGCUUUGUGAGUUUGUUUUAUGUGUAGAUUGUGCUUUUGAAGAGAGAGUGCUUUGUCAUGAAGGGCACGAGGACACUCUACAAUUGAUGCACAGGAAAGUCUUGUUUUCCUGUGAUGCUUGUUACGAAGAGGCUAAAGACUCUUCGUAUGUAUGCACCACCUGUGAAUUUUGGAUUCACAAGGAAUGUGCAUUGGCACCAUUAAUUAUUCAAACUUCUCCUAAUCACCACCACUCUCUGCAUCUUAUCUAUUCCAUUCCUGACAUGCAUCGCUAUUUUAAGCGAUUCUGUGCCAUCUGUGAAGGAGUGGUUCAGAAAAACAGCUGGCUCUAUUAUUGCCACAAAUGCACAUUUUUGGUUCAUAUGAAAUGUGUUACACGCUCAGAUUCAGGAUCAACGUCGGAUAAUAUUCAAGACCCUUAUAAUGAAUCUGAUUUGGUAGAAUUUCCUCUACCUAACAAGGAAUCACUCUUUGAUCUGAUUCUAUCCCAGUGUGGAAGCAGGUUCCAAGUGGUUGCAGGAGAAGGUGACAACACUAUCUGCGCUCCAUCAACAUUGCCUUAUGAGCCGGAUAUAAUUGAAGAACACUGGAGCCACAAAAACCAUCCGUUAGAAAAGCUCCAGUACUUUAGUAUUCGUGAGAAUGCUAACAGCGACAACGGUGAUGAUGAAAGAGUGUUGAUAUGCGAUGGGUGCAUCCAACCCAUAACUGCAACCUAUCCGUCUUAUUAUGCUUGCAUCCAAUGUGGUUUCUUUCUUCACUCCUUCUGCGCCACCCAGAUGCCACUAGAGCUGCCUGCAGGCACAUCCUCAUUUCACCCGCAACAUUUCCUCUUACUUAAGAAAACAGAAUGUUUCUAUAAUCUCGUCAAAUGUGAAGUUUGUUGGUUCAGAACCAAUGGAUUCUACUAUCACUGUGAGCCUUGUGAUAUCAACAUUGAUAUCCGAUGUGCAUUCUUGCCUGCCAGGAUCAAACAUAAAUCUCACAAGCACCACUCCCUUGUUCAACGUCCGAUCCCCAGUUGGACCACACCUAUUUGUAGUUUAACCAAGUAUACUAUCUAUGGCGGAGUGGUGUAUGAAUGCGAGAUUUGCAGUAGCUUCCAGAUACAUAUACUUUGUUUAUUUUAGGGAAAAUUAAUUCUAAAGUCCCUGAACUAUAAGCACUUUUUUUUCUAGGUCCCUGAACUAUAAAUGUCAAUUCAUAAGUAAUUCAACUCUUGAUUUUUUCCUACCUGGGUCCUUCCGUUAGAUCUGAUUUGACGCCGUUAGUUUUUCCGGCGAACUUGGUCGGAAAAGCUCAAAUCCGGUGAGCUUGAAUUUUCCGACGAAGCUAAUUUGAACACUAAAAAUCACGAAAAUUAUAUGAACAUGCUCAUAAUCACACGAUCUAUCAAUCUACAUCAUUAUAAUUCGAAAAAAGCUAUUAAAAUGAAAACUAAUAUUCAACUCAAAAUUCGAACAUUACCAAACUAAAUUUUGAUGGUAUAGAUGGAUAGGGGAUUGAAAAACGAGCAAUUUGAUUACUCAAGCUUCAAAUUUGGAUACCGGAAUCACCUUCAAAUUUACCUUUGAUUCUUAUGAACUUGAGAAGAACUAACGGCGUCAAAUCAGAUCUAACAGAAGGACCCAGAUAAGAAAAAAUCAAGAGUUGAAUUACUUAUGAAUUGACAUUUAUAGUUCAGGGACCUAGAAAAAAAAGUGUUUAUAGUUCAGGGACUUUAGAAUUAAUUUUCCCUUUAU